AUGAAGUUUGAGAACCCCGUUGCUGCCUUUCUAGAGAGCCGAAAUCCGGCUCGUGCGAGUCUCAAACGGAACCGCACCUUCGUUGAUUUCUCAGCACUGAAUUCCGAAGCGGAAACACCUGUGGCGGAUGUGGGGGCGAGCGACCAUGAUGUAACAAGCUUGGUCGGUGCUGCCGAAGAGGAGGAUUGGACGAAUGUUGCCACUGUUUCAUCGAGUCCCGUGAAGGUCCUCUUGCUUCCUGAUGAUGGGGAGGAAGAGGAGGAAGAGCUGCGGCUUCUUCUUGGUGACAGGGGCAAGGUUUUUGUCCGCCCUAAAGACCCACCAGUUCGACAAGAAAGUUCGACCGAUGUCACGUCGGAGGAAAAUGAUGUGGCCAAUGUUUCUGCCGAUGUGGACGACAAGGUGAAACAGAACCAGGUGUCACUGGGCGAUGUCCUAUGGGAAAAGCUUUCCAAUGCCGACCGAGAAGAGUUGGCCGAACGGUUCGAGCGACAUUUUCUUUGGGAACUUUCCAAAGAUGUGGAACUGGCAUGUACUUACCAGCCCUUUUUCACAAGCAAGACGAUGCGUUUGAUCCAGGACGGGGUGCAGUCAUCUCAGUUCCUUCCACCAAAAAUAUUGAGUCGUGAAACAACGAAUUCCCCUGACGGGUACGUGCUACGUCCAUACCAGUUCGAUGGAGUCCAAUUUUUGGUAAAUCGUUUUCAUAGUGGAAUGCCCAGCGUUCUUGGUGAUGACAUGGGUCUGGGGAAAACGGCACAAGUUUCGGCGUUCCUCAACGGUUUAAAGACACUUUACAACGUUGGUGGCCCUCACCUAAUUGUGGUGCCCCUUAACACCGUCACAGGUUGGGCGCGGGAGUUGUCCCGAUGGGCACCUACGCUACAUGUGGUGAGUUACAACGGUGACGGCAAAGAACGAGCGAUGCUCCGCGGUGGAAGGGGUAGUAAGCGCGGCGUUUUUGUUACUACUCCCGCGAUUUUACGUAGAGAUCGAGGUUUCUUUUGUAAGCGGUCGUGGGUGGUUGCCGUUGUGGAUGAGGCACACAUGCUGAAGGAAAGCACGGCGACAAUCUCUCAUGUGGCUCGGAGGAUCACAGCGUGCUUCCGGUUAGCCAUGACGGGCACACCGAUUCAAAAUUCUGUGAAGGAGGUGUGGAGUAUAAUGAUGUUCCUUUAUCCCUCAUUUUGCGCCCUCUACGAGAGGAACGGUGGUGAUACCAUUUCGGCCGCAAACAACUGUGCAAAGCUUCUGCAACACGUUAUGCUGCGGCGAACGAAGUCUACCACCGAUCUUGGCAUCCCCCCGCGUGUGGACGAACCAGUCAUUAUGGUGGAACCUACGAGAAUACAACGGGCGCUGCUGUUGAGAAUGACGGAACGGGCUCUCAGGGAGGAUGGUGGUGUAUUCCAGAACCAUUUGGCACAUCAACGAGUGAUUUGCAGUCACCCACUUGCGCUCCGUCUGCUAACCAUGGAGGGGCGGGACUCUCUUACUAGAGUGGAGGACCGACUGUCGGCAUGUGGUAUUUCGCUAGAUGAGAGAUCGAUCAUAGCACCAAGCGGGAAGAUGAUAGAGCUUGAUCGUAUGUUGCGUGAAUUCCAUAUGAACGGUCACCGGUGUCUUAUUUUCUCGAACUUCACAUGUGUCCUGGACCUUUUGCAAGGGCUUUGCAUCCUGCGUGACUACAGUCAUGAGCGUAUAGAUGGCAGUGCACAGCGAGUAGAGCGUGAGCUCUCGAUGGCGCGUUUCAACGGACCGGCAUCCAAAGUGUUUGUGUUCCUUAUUUCCACAAUGUCAGGGGGAGUUGGGAUAACUCUUACUGGCGCUGAUAUCGUUAUUCUCUUUGACGCUAACUUCAAUCCGCAAAUGGACAGACAGGCUGCCGACAGGGCGCACCGCAUUGGGCAAACGCGCACCGUCCGCGUGUUUCGUCUUUGUUGCAAAGAGACAGUUGAGGAGCGUAUUCAAGACAUCGCCUUGCGGAGGCUCUCCUUAGGCGAGUUUGUCGUAGAUGGCGCUGCAGUGGGUGAUGAUAAUUCAGCUACAGAAAUACCGGGUAGUUACAUUCAACAACUUUUUUCGACAUCAACAAGCGGUGAGAACAGGGAAGAACACUGGAGUGUCGGGUCGAAGGAUCACCGCGACGGACUAACUGAAGAACAGCAGGGGAUGAAAAAAGAUGACCCCGUUGUUAUCGAUUCCGGUGCAGGUGAGGGUGUGGAGAGUGCUCAAGUUCCUUUCGUUUCCCCCCAAGAUCAGAGCAACGCCGAGGACGAUGCGAUAGUUGAUGAUAUUUUGCGCAUGGAGGCGGGAGGAGCAUCAACUAUGCUUUCGGCAAAGCCCAUCGGUCGCGUUGCUCGGGUGACAAUUGGUGUCACCCAUGAGUGCUUUGUGUGCGGGGAGGGGAUGCGGCCAUUACAACCUCUUUUCCAUUGUUCUUGGUGCACGAAAGCCUAUCAUGCAGAGUGUGCUAACGAGCGCGUCCUACCGGAGGGUGUUUCGGCCCCGCGGAAUUGGACGUGCCCACGUCACAGAUGCGACCUUUGCGAAAAGGUUGCGACAACAGAUGGGGCGCUAUUUAUGUGUUAUGAGUGCCCAGCAGCGUUUUGUUUCGAUUGCCUUGACAAGGACUACCUUGAUCUUGACAACGAUGGAGUCAAUUUUCUUCACAUCCACCGGAACUAUCCUGGAAUGGAGACGGAAGGAAUGGAUGUGCGACGCAAUGUGUACUACAUCCGGUGCUUCCGCUGCAGUGGGGUUCUUUCCUCCUCGUCCACGUCGGUUAGCGGAAGCACGGAAGAGGACACAACCAGCAUUGACGGCAGUUUCAGUGAAUCUCACUAG